AUGCAGCUGUUUGUCCGCGCUCGGGAGCUGCACACUCUUGAAGUGACUGGCUUGGAAACUGUUGCCCAGAUCAAGGCCCAUGUUGCCUCGCUGGAGGGUGUCUCUCCUGAAGAUAAGGUCGUGUUACUUGCAGGUUCCCCCCUGCAGGAUGAAGCCACCCUGGGUCAGUGUGGAGUAGAAGCUCUGAUGACCCUGGAAGUUGUUGGCCGCAUGCUAGGAGUGGGAAAACGAAAGCUGAAUCGAGAACGACGCAUGUUUCAAGAAAAGUGGGAGCGAGCUUAUUUCUUUGUGGAAGUAAAGAAUAGCCCUAUGUGCUUAAUAUGUAACCAGACAUUAUCAGUGUCAAAAGAAUACAACUUAAGACGCCAUUAUGAAGCAAACCAUAGUAAGAAUUUUGUCUGGUAUACAGAAAAAAUGCGUGAUGAAAAACUUAGCGAACUGAAAAAAGGACUAAAAUGUCUAUUGAGCGCAGCUGAAGUCAUGUGUCCUGAACAGAAACAAGCAUUUGCAAGCGUUAGUCUAACUGGAAACACUGUUGCUCAGCGAGUAAAAGAUAUGGCUGAGAAUUUACAGGACAGGUUACGAGACAAAGUGAAAUCAUUUGUGGCAUUUUCCAUCGCAGUUGAUGAGAGUACAUACAUAAACAGUACGAGCCAAUUAAUUAUAUUUAUCCGUGGUGUCGAUGAGAAUUUUGAUGUCACAGAAGAGCUUUUGGACAUGGUACCAAUGACAGAUCCAGCAUCUGAAAAUGACUUAUUUUUGACUGUUGAGAAAAGUCUUGAAAAGUUUAAUGUUGACUGGUCAAAAUUAGUAAGUGUGACUACAGACGGUGCGCCUAGGAUGGUCUGUGAUAACACUGGGCUUGUUGCAAAACUUAAAUCCAAAGUCAGAAUGCUUCACAAGGAUACAGAGCUUAAAUGCAUUCACUGCAUUAUUCACCAGGAGUUGUUUUGUAUGAAAAGGUUAAAAGUAGACCAUGUCAUGGAUGUAGUGGUUAACACCGUGAACUGCAUCCGUUCUCAUGGCUCGAACCACAGACAGUUCAGUGCUUUGCUGGAUGAAUUAGAUGCACAAUAUGGUAAUCUCCUUUACCAUACAAAGGUAAGGUGGCUUAGUCGUGGCAAGGUACUGAAGAGAUUUUUCGAACUCAUGAAAGAGAUAGAUUUGUUCAUGUCAUCCAAGGGAAAAUCCCUUCCCCAGCUCACCAAUGAAGAUUGGAUCCGAGACCUGGCCUUUUUGGUUGAUAUCACAAACCAUCUAAACACUUUGAAUAUUUCUCUGCAAAGACGUUCACAGGUAGUUACACAAAUGUAUGAUUCGGUUUGUUCUUUCCUAGCAGAACUGAGUCUUUGGGAAACUCAUUUGACAGUAAAUAAUCUGACUCACUUUCCUACUCUGAAAUCCGUUUCCAGAAAUGAAAGUGAUGGCUUGAUCUAUGUCCCCAAAAUUGUAGAGUUGAAGACUGAAUUCCAAAAGAGGUUCUUUGAUUUUAAGCAUUAUGAAAACGAACUCACAUUAUUUAGCUCACCUUUCUCAAUUAACAUUGAUAGUGUUCAUGAAGAACUACAAAUGGAAGUUAUUGAAUUGCAAUGUAAUACGAUACUAAAAACAAAAUACGACAACAUUGGAAUACCAGAAUUCUACAAAUACCUUGGCAAGAGUUACCCUAAAUAUAGAAACCACUGUGUGAAGCUUCUAUCCAUGUUUGGAAGUACCUAUGUCUGUGAACAGCUGUUUUCUGUUAUGAAAUUGAGUAAAACUAAAAAUCGCUCUCAGUUAAAAGAUACAAGAUUGAAUUCAGUCCUACACAUUGCAACUCGGAAUAUGCGACCUGACAUAGACUUCUUGACACGAACAGGCCUUGGGGGCGGGGCGCGCACGCGCAGUGACAUACUGCGCCAACCGCCACCGCUCUCGGAGGCGGCUGGGACCGGCUAG